GGAAUAUGAGCUUCAUUUCAUCUGUGAUGUGAAUUCUACAAUACCUGAGGAUGGUGUAUGCUACUGCGCACACAGCUGCAGUUACCCAUUUUCUCACAUGAACAUCUUGGCGAGGCGAAAAGGUUCCCAGAACGAUCAAGUUCCCACACUCUUCUUCAUCCAGUAUAGCAAUAGUGACGAACACAUGCAAGACAAGGCAUUUUUGUGCUGUCCUAUAUCUGAUCCAUCAAAAGAUGCUGGUCGCUGCUAUCAUUGUGAGUAUGAUGGGAUCAAGAUUAUCCAUCCAUCAUCAAAAUCUUACCUUGGGCGUUGCACGGAUUUUGAAGAAAUGGCUCGUGGAGAAAGUGCAGUGGACGCCCAAGGACUUGCUAAAAAGGGGCAGAUGAAUACUCUGUUUGAUGAUACAUUGGAAUAUGAAGACUCUAUCUAUUUUGAUCCUGCCUGGGACGUUGAUUUUAGAAUUUUCAUCGAUCGGACUGCUAGGGAUCAAGCGAGGCAGGAAAAAUUGAAGAAGGAACAACAGCCAGGGAGGAGCGUAGACUAUUCUUGGAUAGACAAAUUGGUGUACGAGGAUUACUUGACUCGGAGCCCAUAUCUGAUGUACUAGUUUUUACUUUUAACUUGGGUUGCCAUUUGUGCCUUUUAUUAUGUAUAUGCUAGAGAUGCUGUUACAUGCUGAGUGGUUUCCGCAUAUGUGUGCA